CAAUUCGUAUGGAAUGAAGUUAGUUGUAGCAUGAAUACCAGAAUUGUAUGCCCAUACGAUGGAUUGUAAAUAGACAUCCCAAUCAUUGAUAUUAUCAUUGCAAUAUUUUUUAAGUUGAUCACAAAAUUCACGCAUCGAACGAUGGCAAUUAGAGUUAUCCGAAUAUCAUAUUGACAAAAUCAGAUACAAACGUGGUCGAUGUAAUUGUGACGCAGAUUUGCUGUCUCGUUUCCCGUUUGACAAAGCCGAUACUGAUGAUGAUGCUCAUCCUUUACGUAUUCGAUCAUACACUCCAUCAACUACCGAUCCAAUCAAUACAUUGCAAGUCAAUGCCAUCACGCGAUCUACGACACGACAACUGCUGCGAAAUCGCCAAUCGCCUGCUUCAAGUUCAUCGACAUCCUUAUCUACCACUACUAUAACAAGAUCAAAAACGAAAAAGAACACAAUUAGGGGCUCACGUGAUGCUGCGGAUGUACCUGUUUCGCACUCCACGAUGACGACUACAUCAACAGCCGAUAAUCCUUCGCAAACAAUAGACUUUAGCAUGGAUCGGAUUCGAAACGAACAAAUGAAAGACCCCCAUCUCCGUCGUCGGAUUCAAGCGAUCAAUAAAGAUCCUCACCACUUCCCCAACAACAUAAUUGAACAACAAGUUUUAUUCAAGUUAGUCACUCGAAAUGGCAAUACCAAAUUAAAGAUACCAUGGCUACCAGUUUCGAUGAUUUCUGAUGUUUUGUCCGCAUACCAUGACCAUCCGAUGAGUGGACACUUUGGUGUCAAUCGCACGUACAACAAAAUUAAAGGAAAAUUUUUUUGGUUUCAGAUGUAUGAUACCAUCAAACGAUAUGUACGAUCUUGCACAGAAUGUGCUCGAUUUAAUGUGCAACGCAAAAAAAAACCCGGAUUUCUACAACAAGAACAGCCGCCAGAUGGAGUUUUUGAAGUUAUGCAAAUGGAUUUUUGGACGGCUCCUGUUCGAUCGUACAAUGGAAACCAAUACGUUCUAAUCAUCACUGAUCGAUUAUCCAAAUACGUAUUUGCGCGCACCUUGCCAUCCGCGACUGCCAAGGAUGCCGCCGAAAUGAUAUUCGAAGACAUUAUACUGAAACAUGGAGCUAUUCGGUGUCUACAAUCCGAUCAAGGUUCGCACUUCAAGAACGAAUUGUUAGCCGCCAUCACAAAAUUAACAGGUUGUAAACAAGUCUUCUCAAUCCCAUAUCAUCCGAUGUCUAAUGGGCAAGUUGAGCGAUUUAAUUCAACAUUUUGUGAUCAACUUAAAAAAUAUUGCAAUGAUAAUAUCAAUGAUUGGGAUGUCUAUUUACAAUCCAUCGUAUGGGCAUACAAUUCUGGUAUUCAUGCUACAACUAACUUCAUUCCAUACGAAUUG